CACGUCACAGAAAAUAACCAAUCAGCAUAGAGCUCGAGGAUCGAUGACUGUUUCAAACCAUCACAGAGCCGUUGCAGACUUGAACCCUACGUUUCAUCCCUUCGUAUAUAUAUUACACAAACACUUCUUUAACAAUUAGAUUUUCCCCAAUUUGAAACCCUAGCCUCCCAAAUCUCUCCAAUCUUCAAAUCCUUCUUCCAAUUAGUUUUUGUUUGAAUCUGAAUCACAAUGGCUCGUACAAAGCAGACUGCUCGUAAAUCCACCGGUGGAAAAGCUCCACGAAAGCAACUUGCUACUAAGGCUGCCAGGAAAUCCGCACCAACAACCGGAGGAGUGAAGAAGCCUCAUCGUUACCGCCCUGGAACCGUCGCUCUCCGUGAGAUCCGCAAGUACCAGAAGAGCACAGAGCUUCUUAUCCGCAAGUUGCCGUUCCAAAGGCUUGUUCGUGAAAUCGCUCAGGAUUUCAAGACUGAUCUGAGGUUCCAGAGCCACGCUGUGUUGGCCCUUCAAGAGGCAGCUGAAGCUUACCUUGUUGGUCUCUUCGAGGACACCAACUUGUGUGCCAUUCAUGCCAAGAGGGUUACCAUCAUGCCCAAAGAUAUCCAGUUGGCCAGGCGUAUCCGAGGUGAACGUGCUUAGUUUGCCUUUCGUUAAGUAGAAGUUGUGUUUGGAAUUUUCUUUUUGUCGUAUGGGUGUAUGCAAUCUUUACAUACCAAACCUAUAUUUCUUUAUUAUGUUGUCGUUAGGGAGUUGGUUUAAAAGAACGUAUUAGUUUGGGAUAUGUAAAUUCUCUAUACAUUGGUUAUUGGUAUGGUGUUAUAUCUUCUAUGUUCUUAUCGUAUUUACCAUGUGAAUUUGGUAAUGGAAGUGUUUUGUGGUUGAUUGUAUAAAGCAGAUUUCCGUGGUAGCAUUAAUUGUAAUGUUUAAUCUUUACAAGGCCCCUUUUUCGGCGACAUUUUCUACGUCAAGAGCAC